UUAAUCUAACCAAAUGUGUGGAACGUGGAGCAGAUUCAGUUUGGUUUUGAGAGAUUUUGCAUACAUGUGAUAGCUACAUUGUGAUAUAAUACAGAUUCAAAAGAAAAAAGUAUUAUAUUAAUUAUUUUAUUUACAAUAUACGAUGGAUAUGGAAGGCAGCAGUUUACAAGAACAGAGUACCACGAAUCUCGAUGGGCUGGAAACAAUUGAGCAAAAAAUAAUUGCUUUGGCACAAGCCAGACCUAAAGGUAUUUCUGACAAAGACUUGGCUAUUGAGCUGCCUGAUCUACCAUUAAAUCAACGAGCUGAAAUUAUAAAUAAGCUUUUGCAGCAAGGAUACUUUGAUCUAUAUAAACAUGGAGGAUCAUUGUCCUAUCGCUUGAAAGAUCCGACAAAAUUAGUUAAGGGUGCUGAUAAUGAAGAGAAGAUAGUCUAUAGAAUUAUUGAAGAAGCAGGGAAUAAAGGAAUAUGGACUCGAGACAUAAGAUUUAAAUCGAAUCUGAUGCAUACUCAAUUAAAAAAGAUUUUGAAAAGCUUGGAAACCAAGAAGAUAAUUAAAGUCGUUAAAUCUGUAGCAGCAAGUAAGAAGAAGGUAUAUAUGCUGUACAAUUUAGAACCUGAUGAAUCAGUAACAGGUGGUGCAUGGUAUCAAGAUCAAGAUUUUGAAACAGAAUUCGUUGAUGUAUUGAAUCAACAAUGUUAUCGAUUUUUGGAACAAAAAAGAGAAAAAACAAAAACUUGUAACAAUGGACCUAUCGAUGCAAGAAACAAGACAUUUGCUUCAUCUAAAGAUGUAUGGAAAUAUAUUUCAGAUUUAGGAAUCAGUAAGGUGAAAUUAUCUGUAACAAAUAUGGAAAUGAUUUUAAAUACCUUGGUUUACGAUGGUAAGGUUGAACAAAUACUUGCGGGAGAUGGAAGCAAUUUAUAUAGAGCAAUUCAGCCUUUAGCUACUUCACCUGGAUUGAUUAGAACUCCUUGUGGCAUAUGUCCAAUAAGGAAACAAUGCUGCGAUGAUGGACCUGUUACACCUAUAAAGUGCCACUACAUUAGAGAAUGGUUAGACUAGAAUUAUCAAAAUAAAAAUAAUAAUUGUUAAUAUUGAUUAAUUAUUAUUUACAUUAACAUUAAUAAUUAAUAUAGUCUCUGUUAUGUAAACAUACAAUGCAUUAUGUAAA